CGGGGGUUGGCUCCGGAGAGCAGGCCUGUGGGGGGAGGGAGGCGGCGAUCCCAGCUGGGCUGGGACUUCCUUCCUUAACCGCAGGACAACAAAACAAUUGAAGCAAAGGCACCCAGCUUAGCAGCAGCUGUCUGGGCGAGAGAGGAGGGAGGCAAUGGGUUCCGCGCUGAGCAGUGACAGCGGCCGAGCAGCCCCAGCUGCCAGGGCCACCCCAUCACCCCUGCCCAGGAGAAGCGAAGUGGAGCUGCCGAUCACGUCGUUUGAUUGUUCGGUCUGCCUCGAAGUGCUGCAUCAGCCCCUACGGACCCGCUGCGGCCACGUAUUCUGCCGUUCCUGUAUUUCUACAAGCCUGAGGAACAGUAAGUGGACAUGUCCUUAUUGCCGGGCAUAUCUUCCUUCAGAAGGAGUUCCUGCAACUGAUAUAAUGAAGAAAAUGAAAGCAGUAUACCAGAACUGCACAGAGUGUAACACUCAGGUAUGUCUCAGUGAAAUGAGAGCUCAUAUAAGGAGUUGUCAGAAAUAUAUAGAGAAAUAUGGACCUCUUCAAGAGCUUGGAGAAGUAACAACAAGAUGCAUAUGUCCAUUUUGUGAGAAAGAGUUGGAUGAAGAUAGCUUGCUGAACCACUGUCUCACUUAUCACAGAUCAGAAAGGAGGCCAGUGUUCUGUCCACUUUGUCAUUUUAUACCUAAUGGAGAUUCAAGCAACACCAGUGACAGUUUGAUCCGGCACCUGCAAAUCAGACACACAAUGUUUUAUGAUGAAUUUAUUGACUUUAAUAUAUUAGAGGAAGCUCUGAUCCGAAGAGUCCUAGACCGGUCGCUUUUAGAAUAUAUGAAUCAUUCAAAUAGCGUCUAAUUCUGCCAGUAGGAGGAAAGGUUUUCUACGAAUUCCUUUGCACAGUACACUAAGAUGCUGCUUUGACAAUUAAAGGGGAAUCUUCAGCCUUUAAAAAGAAAAGCACAGAUGUAACAAACCUUUAAUGUUUGUAUGUGUCUGUUAUUAUGUUUAUCUGAAAAUUUAAAAACCGCUAUCCCUUUGGUGAUUUAUAUCUAUAUUCUCCUGUUGAGAUUUUCUGAUACUUAGUAGUAACAAUUAUCUAUAUCAGCCAGGAGGUUUAGGGUGGGUACCAGUAGGGAGCAUGCUUGAGAGAGGAGUUCUUGUUGGGCGAUUAGACAGAUUUUGAGGGGGAUAGUGCCAUAGAUGAGUAAUAAACUGCAAGACUGACAGUGAUAAACAUCAGAUUGCUUUAUAUAAGAAGAUAAAAUAUGAAUCAACAACUUGUUGUUAUUUAAGAAGAACUUGGAAAUAAUUUCCAUUCUUAAUAUCUAGUUUCAAAAAUACUAUUAUGAAUAUAUAAUUUGAUGGAAAUAAAGAAAGGAAUUGGUAAUUGACCCUUUAACUAAGUUGAAUGCUGUUACUUAGUACUGUAACAAAUACUGUAAUAGGAAUGUAUUCUUAAUGCUUUCAUUUUAAAAAUGUAUCUACCACAAGCAGAAUAUUUUUCAAAUAUUGGCAGUUAAUUUUAAUUAUUAUUAAGAGAUUUCUAUAAUGUAAAUAAGUUUCAAAAAAUUAUGGCCUGAUAUUUUACAUGUAAAAAUAACCUGUAUGACCGUAGAAUUUUUUUGAUGCAAAACUCCUAAGGGUUGAUUUUUCAACUAAAAUGGUUUGUUGAACUAUGAAGACAAUCUGUUCAAUCCCUGAGGGUAAAAUUUUAUUCAGCUAAGUUUCAGUUCAGUGAUUCUAAUAAGGAAUGGACCCUUCUGUUUAUUCCUUCUCUACAAGGGCUAAUUAUAGUAUGGAAACUUAAAGAGAAAAGAAAAGACUCUCAUUUCUUUAGAGUCCUGGUUACCAUUCUCAAAUCUUUAGAUCUAAUACAUAUUUGAAAAUAUUGGAAGAAUAUAUAGGAGCUGAAGAGUACAGAGACAUGAAAUCCAGGAAAUCCAAAAUCUUCAUUUUGGGAAAUUAAUUUUUCUUUACUAAAGAGCCUAGUUGAGUUUGACAACCUCUGUCUUUCCUUUUCAGUAGAAGUCUUAUUAAGAUAGACUGUAGAAGGAAAAGAAAGGAUUCUGAGUCAUCCAAAACUGGAUAAUUAGUUUAAAAUCUAAUUAGCUUAGAAGAAAACUUGGAGAUGAUCAAGUUAAACCCCCAUUUUUAUACAACAGGAAGUAGACACAGAAAAGUGAUGUGACCUGUCUUAAGGUUAUGUAGCUCCUUAUCUUUCUAUUAUAUCACUGUAAUUAAGAAAGAAAAGAACAGUAUUACCUAGUAUUGACUAAUCUGCUCUCUAAGCUUUAAGUUUUUGCAUCUGUAAAAUGGGGGUAAAUAAUACCUUCCCUGCCUACCUCAUAAACCAUUGCGAGGAUCAAAUGAAAGGAGGCAUGUGAAGGUGCUAUAAACUGUAAAGCACUAUACCAUUACAAACUGUCAUUAAUUCAGACUGCUGGUGAGGUCAUCUUCAGAUUUCACAAAAAUGUUAAAGCUCAAUUUUUAAUAACAUGAAAGUUAAAAAAAAGACAACCUUAUAAUGUAAGCAAUAUAUUUUAGCUUAAAUAUAUUGUUUUAAAGCCUCCCACAUCUAAAUUCUUCCUCAGAUCCCCUUUUGUAAUGUUUUUUCCACUGUGAUCACAGAUUAGGAACUAUUUAUCAAUGAACCUUCUGUGUUAUGUGAAUUUUACACCAAAAUAAUUACAAAGGGAUGAUUUAAGUCAGCAUUAAAGUGACUUAAAAGAUAAGAACAACAAAAAAUGUCCACUUGUCAGCUCAGUACUCUUCCAGCUGCCCAGUGGUGCAGUCCAAAAGAGAAAACACUUGUGUUUCUUUGAAGAAUCAAAUUAUCCCACCCUUAUGUGAAAACUUUGGGUGGGAUAAAUGUUCUCUGAGAUUAUGUCAACCCAGAUUAUGAGUUGGAGAUAUAGGUUGAGUAUGAAUAAGUGAUGGAGACAGGUCUAGAAUUUCAGCUUCCCAGGCCUUGUCCAGCUCUACAGUCACACUACUGUGACGUAAGUGAAGCUUACUAUCUUAGAUUCAUGAGGCAAGUAAGCUUAUUGUUAUUGAAGCUAAUGAAAGGUGACAACAAUGCGGUUUGUGUCCAUAAAGAUAGAGGUGCUAAGAUGUCUUAAGAAACCCACUCUUGUUUCAUUCCUCAACAAUGAAAUAUGUAAUUAUCAGAAUUUAGAAGUUAACAAUUUUUGAUUUUCUUUUGUAAAGAUGUCUUAUUAUGAGAAACAAAGGAUGGCAGGACCAUUGCUUUUGUUUAAAGUGACUGUUCAUAAAUGCUGACCUUCAAUAAAUGGUCUUCCUAAACCUA